CUCUCUCCCUCUCUCUCUCUGCCUCUCUCCAUCUCUCUAUCUGGAAAUGGGUUACUCCAGCACCCUUCUUUGUCUCUCUACCUUCAUUAUCUCUCUCUCUCUCCUCGCUCUUUCAUCCUUCACCACCGCUGAUGACGCCGCGGUCAUGUCCGAGCUCCUCACCGCCGUCAGCCCAACUCCAAGCGGCUGGUCCGCCAGCACAAGCUACUGUGAGUGGGAAAACGUGACUUGCGACGGCAACAGUCGUGUCACCAUCAUCAACUUGGUUUCCAAGAAUCUGUCGGGGAUUCUUCCCUCCAAUCUCGGCUCUCUCACCCAGCUCACCUCUCUCUCUCUCCAAGGGAACUCCUUCUAUGGGCCCCUACCCUCCCUUGCCAACCUCUCCUCGCUCCAACAACUCUACCUUGACAACAACAAUUUCUCCUCCAUCCCCGACGGCUUCUUCCAAGGACUCACCAGCCUCCAGACCUUGAUCUUGAGUCAAAACUCGAAUCUUGCACCCUGGACUAUCCCCACCGAGUUGACUCAGGCCACUAGCCUGGCCACCCUCUACGCCAGCAAUGCGAAUGUGGUUGGGUCCUUACCAGAUAUCUUCGACUCCUUCCUGAGCCUGAAGGAUCUCCAGCUUUCGUUCAACAAUUUCGCUGGCCCUUUGCCUAAAUCUUUUGGAGGAUCUGGAAUUCAGAUCCUCUGGCUCGACAACCAGAAAAAUGGCUUGUCGGGUACCAUCGACGUGUUGUCUUCUAUGACCCAGUUGAAACAGGUGUAUCUAAAUGACAAUAAUUUGACCGGUUCCAUACCGGAUAGCUUGGCCACCUUGCCGGACCUGCAGCUUCUUGACGUUUCGAACAAUAACCUUACUGGGUCGAUACCGAAAUUCACAUCGACGGUCACGUUCAAUGCUGCCGGCAAUCCGUUGCUUGGGAGGACUACUCCGAGCUCUGGAAAUGGAGGAGGAACAGCGUCGGGUGAAACUUCCGUCUCCCCCGGUAUGAUUGCUGCUAUAGUUACUUUAUCUGCUGCAAUUGGAGUUGUGAUAGUUGUAAUAUGCUGCUUCAGGAGAAAGUUCUUGUCCAAUAAAAUUAUUUUUUUUUGGAAGAAGAAAAGUCCAACCCAUCAAACUGUCCAAACCUUUUUAAGGAAUCAUAGACCUCUUGCUUUUAGAAGAUAUAGUUAUUCAGAUAUCAAGAAAAUAACCAACUUUUUUAGGGAUAAAUUAGGUGAAGGAGGUUAUGGUGGUGUCUACAAGGGAAAGUUACAAGAUGGAUGUCUUGUGGCUGUAAAGAUUCUCAAAGAAUCGAGAGGUACUGAUGGAGAAGAAUUCAUUAACGAGGUUGAAAGCAUUAGUAAGACCUCUCAUAUCAACAUUGUCUCUCUUAUGGGCUUUUGCUUUGAAGGUUCUAAAAGAGCUCUAAUGUACGAGUUUAUGCCUAACGGAUCUCUAGAGAAGUUCAUACAUAAAGAAAAUCCAUCAAUGGUUGACCGUGGAUUGGAAUGGAUGGCAUUAUAUGAGAUUGCACUAGGCAUUGCUCGAGGAUUAGAAUAUUUACAUAGGGGUUGCAACACACGAAUCGUGCAUUUUGAUAUAAAGCCUCACAACAUUCUUUUGGAUGAGAACUUUUGCCCAAAGAUUUCUGAUUUUGGCCUUGCAAAAAUAUGCCCUCGAGAAAAGAGUAGCAUAUCAAUGUCGGGUACUAGAGGAUCUGCAGGAUAUAUAGCUCCGGAAGUAUAUUACAAAAAUUUUGGAGGGGUCUCUCACAAGUCAGAUGUUUAUAGUUACGGAAUGAUGGUUUUUGAAAUGGUUAGGGGAAAAAGGAAUACAGAUAUCGAGAAUACUGAUUGUACCAGUGAAAUAUUUUUUCCGCACUUGAUUUACAAGUGUCUUGAGCAAGAUGAGGAUCUAGGACUGGAGGGCCUUAUAAAUGAAAAUGAUCAAGAAUGUGCAAAAAAAAUGAUAAUAGUGAGUUUGUGGUGCAUACAAACUGACCCUUCAAGCCGACCACCAAUUAGUAAAGUUAUAAAUAUGUUGGAAGGGAGUCUCGAAUCCUUACAAGUACCACCCAAGCCUUAAUUUCCUGUCUUUGCCAUCAAGAUUGUCAAAAGAUUCUUCAACAACAAUGAGUUCACUGCAGUAUGAUUCCAUAAUGCCCUAAAAUGCAUCUUUUCUUUAAAUGGAAAUUCUAGUGUUUGAGUAGUAAGUAGCAUUGUAUUAAUUAUUAGCUUGUGGAUGUGUAUUACACUUACUUAACUAUUAUCUCGA